AUGGCAUAUCAAUCAUACAUCUGUCAGCCUGUGCCAAACUCCGUAGCACCCCAAAAUAGAGACAUGUGUAUGAGUUUGUCAUUUGCAUGUAAAUGCAUAUAUUGUAAGACUUUUUGUUGUUGAUAAUUCCCCAAAUAUAGAAUUUAGAAAAGUAAUCUAUCAUUCUAUCUCAAUAUAAACAUUACACUUGCACACAUUUUUAUAUGUGUGUGUGUCUGCCAGUGAAUGUGUGUAUGUCUGUCAGUGUGUGAUUUUGAGGGAGCCUGUGUGUCUGAGUGAUUUAGGUCCCCUGCCCCGUUUACAUCGCUUUGAAAGUGUGGUUUUACUCACCUUUUCUCCCUUGCCGCGCCGGUCUUGCCAUUCUCUAAAAAAGGCAGUGUUUACAUUGAAAAGCCUGCAGGGACAGGCUAUACAGACACCAGAACAACUAUAUUAAGCUGUAGUGGUUCUGGUGACUAUAAUGUCCCUUUAAGUAGCAAUGAAAAAAAAAUCAUCUUUUACAGGGGUGAUUAGUACAGGAGAGGUAAGUAAAAUACACUUUCUUCACUGUAUGUCUGCUUUCACCGGCCUAAGUUGCCUUGGAGCUCUUCAGCGAACACAUGUGCAAUCUGUAGGGCAAUGUAGAAUUUCAUCUGAUAUGUCUUUCAUGCCUGGCAUGAGUUGUAAGGUAAAAAAUGUUGACUAGUGAGAUUUUUUUUAAAAAGAACAGCACAACCAACAGCUAAUGAAAUAAAAUAACGUUAAAGGACCACUAUUGUGCCAGGAAAACAUACUCGUUUUCCUGGCACUAUAGUGCCCUGAGGGUGCCCCCACCCUCAGGGACCCCCUCCCGCCCGGCUCUGGAAGGGGGAAAGGGUUAAAAACUUACCUUUUUCCAGCACUGGGCGGAGAGCUCUCCUCCUUCUCUCCUCCUCCUGGGCUGAAUGCGCACGCGCGGCAAGAGCUGCAUUCAGCCCGUCGGAAAGCAUUUACAAUGCUUUCCUAUGGACGCUUGCGUGCUCUCACUGUGAUUUUCACAGUGAGAAGCACGCAAGCGCCUCUAGUGGCUGUCAAUGAGACAGCCACUAGAGGAUUAGGGGGAAGGCUUAACCCAUUCAUAAACAUAGCAGUUUCUCUGAAACUGCUAAGUUUAUAAAAAAAAUGGGUUAACCCUAGCUGGACCAGGCACCCAGACCACUUCAUUAAGCUGAAGUGGUCUGGGAGCCUAGAGUGGUCCUUUAAGCUUUAAUAAACUAAAACAAAAUCUAAAAUAAAUAUUUUUAGCUUUAUUAAAGUGAAUUUACAUUUAAUGUGUGGCGGCCUUAUUGAUGAGAAUGUGAAGGACCAAAUAUGAUUGACUGACUGACCAAUUUUUCUGAUAAUGUAUCACUGCAGUCAAUACUUUUUCAUUGCUUCUUUCCUCUGCCCCACAUUGCAUGGGGAGAGAUGAGUUCAGCUAUUGUGUUGUCCUUUUAAUAAUAUAGGGACUGCUCCAUACAAUUUUGAGCCUCACACCUGUAACGAUAGUAGGCUUUGGAACCAAUCCUUGCUCCCCUGUAAAUAUUGAUGAAUCUUUAGGGUCAAAAUACACAGUCCAUUGGCUGUAUUAACUAUAAAAGGGUUAACCAUUUUACAGUUAAUACAGCCAAUGAACUAAAUUAAUUACUUGAAAUUGGAAUUAUAAUCCAAAACUUGGCCACUGAUAAAAGCUGAACUGAUACAAUAUUACAUGCAAUUUGAGAUAUUUUUCAUCAUACCCAAAUCAAAUACAAUAUGAAAACUAAGGAGUUUUCUCCAAAAUUACUUUUAGAAGAUAGCCAGGCUUAUAGGGUUAUUCACUAAAGUGAAAACUGUCAGAAAUUCAAAGUGAAUUGAAAGAGACUUUUAAAUUUAUAUCCAAAUUAACCAAAGUAGAAUUUUCAGCUACUUUGGCCUUUCAAUUCACUUUGAAUUCCUGACAAUUCUCACUUUAUUUAAUAAACCUAUAUGUUUUUUUGUCCCAAAUUAAGAUCAUUAAUGUCAUCUAUGUAACAGCACAAAAUAUAAUUUUACAGGGGGAGCGGAGCCUGACAUCCGAGCGGUGCAGACGCACGCUGAGAGAGCUCCUGUGUUCAGUGUGAGUUUUGUAUAAAUAACUUCAGUUUGCGGAUCUUGCCGCAGAAGGGCUGACCAGAUCCAGCACAUCUGCCCCCCACCUUGGACCGAGGACUUAUCCCAGUCCCUGGAGUCCACCCAACACUGUUGGACACCUACUGUGCUGGUGAUCCCUUGUGACUUCCACGAUGGCAGAGGAUGGAACCGGAGACCAGAGCCCAUUACAACUUCACUGUCCGGGUUGAACUACAUUUUUGAGACGUUCCUGACCCGAAUAGCAGCAAGGUAGUGGAGAGUACAGUCUCCCUCACAGAUUUGCUGAAUUGUGGAAAAGCAACCUACCUGUAUAGUAGUGAGUUCCAAUACUGUGGGGAUUGUUGCAAGACUCAUUAGCAAGCUGGAAUCUCUCCCUUGCUUGUGAAUGCAGGUGGAUUCUACUUCUGCAUAUAUUUCAGAAGCAGAAAAGCUUGGUACUGAGCCUGUGGGGGUUUGGAGCCAGACCAAUGUACUUGGGAUGCCUCUCGCAUAGCCUCCCAAGAUGGCGGUUCCUGCUUUUGGGAAACCGAGGAGCACUGUCACAGCAGGCUCUCAAUAAACAGGUCCCAAUUAGCCUGGAACUACACACCAGAGGGCCAGUUUUCAUACUGCAGAUUGGGAAUCGGAUGCUGUAUCCCUAGCUAACAUCACAUGCAGUGUCAUUAUCUGUUUGAUUUACUCUUGAUGCCUCUUUUCGGGCUGUACUUUUGUCUUAUAUUUGCUUAUUCACUCACAAAAUUAUUUAUUCCGCUCGACACUUUACCUAUUAUAAAAUGAGAUUUUUUCCAUACCAAUUAGGUCUAUACCAUAUAAUGUGUAUUACUCAUCUAAAUUAUUUGUCCCAUGCUGGUACUACCAUCUCAAUAAAAAAAAUUGAUUGACAAAAAAAAAAAAAUUGGAUAUAAAAUAUAUAGUAUAUUAUAUAAAUAAGUCUGCAACACUUUGAAGGAAUUUGUAUAGUGGGCAUAAAUGCAAUAACAGGAGCUUUUACUCUGUUGAAAAAAUAUCACUCUUGCUUGUUUCAUUGAGUCUGUCCUAGUCAACAGACAGGCAUGUAACUUGUAAACUCUGGCGUGGGCAAUCUGUUCGGUUGUUCUGCAUGUGACUAAUAAUCUGACUUGAAUAUUACAAUACCCUUUUCUGUUCUCUGAUGCUGAACUUACUAAGACACUUUCUGUGUACAUAAUGCUCUGUUUACUCUACAGAAGCUGAAAACCCCUGACAUGCUGGCCACUUGUGUCAAAUAAUGAGCUUACUAUAAUGCAGACUUUGUAUUAGCUUAUAGUGAAAGUGAUUAAGGAAACUCUUUUAGGGUUAUACACAAAAGUGAGAAUCGUUGAGAAUUCAAAGUGAAUUGCAAAUUUAAAGCCAAAAUAGCCAAACUGGAAACAUUCUCCAAAUCAGUUAUACUUCCAGUAGCUACUUUGGCCUUAAAUUUAAAUUCUCAGCAAUUCUCACAUUAGUAAAUAACCCUGUUUGUAAAUUUGAGGGAAGGCCUUGCUCACGGGUUUUAUGAGUUAAUGGUAAUGAAAUCUGCAGGCUUGGAAGGGAUUUCCAAAUAUUCUAUAAAUAAGCUGUUGGGACACUCCAAGCAACAUACUUUAUAUUUCUGCUUGAGUUGUGGUUGUGUCUCUCUCUCUUUUCACUUACAUGGUUAUAUAAGCAGAAAUAUUUACGGUAGCAAACAGCUCAUUGAAAUGGGUCACUUCUUGAGUUAAGUUUGAAAACUUUUUCCUGACUGUACAAGAACUUGUAUGCCAUGUACCCGCUGGAAGUGCUCAUGCCAUGUAAAUCAACUAUCUGUACGAGUUGCUGUGGGCAGAUCCACUCAUCUUUUCUGCUGACUAUAACUUCUGCUCAGGACUACAUUGACAUUAAAAUCCAGUUGAACAGAGAUUGACGGAUGUGCUCAACAUUCCCAGUAAAAAUAAUCUGAUGGCUAGGAUUGACUGAUAAAUUUAAUUUGCUUUCUAGACUAAUCAUUGCUCCUCUUGGGCAUUUGCUACAGCCGCAUGAUCAUAUUUAUUUGUUUUUGCAUAUUAUUAUUUACCAUGUUAAAAAUAGACAUUAACUCAAGCCUGGAUUGGCCAUUUGAAAAUAACGACUUAUUAAAAUAAAGCUGUGACAUUUUCUUUUGCAACCUAUAUAUUAACCAUUUAUUUAAUUUUCAUUAGGUUUACUCGGCUAAGUCCUACAUAGAGCAGUCACAUCUCUUGUAUAUAUUUUAUAUUUCCGUAUACUUAAGUACAAUAGGUUGCCAAAGAAUUUAGUUUCUAGGAUGGUCAAUCUAAAGUAGUUUGUAGACUGAGAGGGAGGGAUGACUCAUCCUCCCUGAUUAGUAGACUAAUAGACCUACUUAUAAGAAAAUCUAGGGCACUGCCUUUUACCGGACAAACUGGUUUUCAUCUUAAUAAAUCUUAGUAAUACUAUCCACAAUUGCUAUGCUUAAUUUAAAGGGCACUAACCAGCUACAAAAAUCUUUUCAUCAGCUCUAUUUCAAUUGCAAAACCAUUGGCACCAUGAAUGGGAAAGGUAUACUCAAAGAACAAGCUUCUACACCAUAUUCCACUGCAAAUAAUUCCUUUACUGUCACAUCAGGAACAAUGAGUGCCACUCGGUUUCAAAAAUCAGAAGUGAUCCUGAGCAAACACAGCUAACUUGAGACAAAUAUGGUGACCUCCAACACCCGGUAGUAAUUAUUGACCUUUAGCCCUAAAACAUGAAUUGGGAUUUAUAUAAGAACUCCAAUGAGCCUGGUGGUGCUGUGUUUUUGCCUCCAGUCUUUGAGCACCUUAUAUACUGAGAACAGGAAGUAAAUUUAAUCUAAUCAACACAUUCUGCAAUUUUACUCUUAAAAUGCAGCUCAUGUUAACUUCUUUAUAGCUUUAUACAGCCAAAGUGCUUGUUUAUGUGCUUACUGUAUCCUAUUUUAAUUUUUAUUCCAGCCCAAUCUGCAUUGAUUUCACAUAUAUUGACAUUAUCUCCUCACAGUCUAUGAUGAAUAUUACUGCCAGGAAUUAUUAUCCUUAACUCUGGUGCUUCUUACAUCUAUUAAUAUAAUCAUCAUCAUCAUCAUCAUCAUCAUCAUCAUCGUAUAUGGGUAAUGGCUUAGCCGUUAACUUCCUACAUCUGCUUCAAAACACAACUGCCUUCUUAACAUACCCUUGUGAGUCCAUGACAUAGCCCUUUAGGAAGGACAUUAAUAGCUUUUGAUAAACUAAUGUUCUAAUGUUUCAAUGUCUUACCUUCAUAUAAAACUCCCUCCAGAGUCUUGCUUCUCCACAUCUCUACUCAAUUCUGUCUUGUUAUAUCCCUACCCCUCCUCUGAAUCAUUUUCACAUCUCUUACUAGAAACCCAUAUCUAUGUGUUCAUUCUCAGUUCGGUUCAUUUUCAUUACUUGAUCUAGUAAGAUCCUCUGCCAAACCAGUCUCUCUCUUAUCUUUUCUAAACUCCCAAAGACACACAUUUACCUACAAGCCCUCCUUGAAGCCAGGGCCGGACUGGGGAUACCAAGCAGCCCUGGAAAAAAAUCCAAGCCAGCCCCAUAAAUCAUUGCGCCAUAUAUUGUCACAUGUAAUAUGUAAGGCUAUGUCUUGCCACCCCAGAUGUUUGAGUGAUAUAUAAACACACAUAUACAAUUAUAUAUGUAUAUAUUUAUAUAUGUGUAUUUAAAUAUCACUGGUAUAUAAAUCUAGACAAAUGUUGCUUCGAAUCUAGGAGCCAGCAAAAACUGUCUCAACGUCAAAAAUACAAUUCUUAAAGGGACACUAUAGUCACCAGAACCACUACAGCUUAAUGUAGAUGUUCUUGUGUCUAUAAUCUGUCCCUGUACACUUUUCAAUGUAAACCCUACCUUUUCAGAGAAAAUGCAGUAUUUACAUUGUCGCCUAGUAACACUUCUAGUGAAAGUCACUCAGACAGCCCCUAGAGUGCAUUCUGGGUCAGUGCCACAAAGUACGCAGCACCUAAGUUUAGCGGCUCCACGCUCUACAUGGAGGUGCUGAAUGUUCCCCAUAGAGAUUCAUUCAUUCAAUUCAUCUCUAUUAGGAAAUGCUGAUUGGAGCAGCAUGGCGUUUUGCCACACAUACGCAAUAGCCACCCAAUGCUUAUAUAUGGGAAAACAUUGGAUUGGCUGAGUUCAUCAAGAUUGAUGAUCGCAGUCAUGGAAGCAGGGCCAGCUGCGGAGAGACCAGGACAGCAUGGGGGGGGAAAAGGUGCGUAAAAACCUCUUACUCGUGUGAUUGGAGGGAGACUGGUCACCUAAACACACUCUCACUCGCUCACUGACACACACACACACACGGUCACUGACACACACUCGCUCACCGACACACACACGCGCUUUCUAUCACUAGCAGGCACACAUACACACACACACACAAGCUCACUCACUAGCAGGCACACACACACACACACAAGCUCACUCACUAGCAGGCACACACACACACACACACACAAGCUGAUUCUGUGGCCACCCUUUACUUUUCCCUGUAAACGAGUCAUUGGCACAACAUCACACCUACAAUGGAACAGAUAUGAUGAUAUGCUUCUAAAAUCUUGCUUUAGACGGAUCUGGUUAUAUAUACAGUGGAGAACCCCAGGCUUUAUCAAACUGUUCCAAAACAAUCUGAUAGAAUUCACGAGCGGUAUGCACCGAUUAGUAGAACUCUCUCACUACCAGGCACACACACAAGCUCACUCACUAGCAGGCACAUACACACACACACAAGCUCACUCACUAGCAGUCACACACACAAGCUAACUCACUAGCAGGCACACACACAAUACUAAAUCGAUGUCAUGGCUGAAGCUUACCUGUCACUGGUAGGUGAAGUUGUCAUCCAGCGAGGCCAGCAAUGUGCGUGGGGGCGUGGGUGCAUGCGAGAGGCGGAGCUUUUAUUCAGGGGGCAGGGCUCCACAGCAGGGGCGGGGCAUGCCACCAAAAUUGCUGUGCACUGUGCAACACACACACACACACUGCAUACACUAACACAACACAUACACUAACACAACACACACACUGCAUACACUAGCACAACACACACACUGCAUACACUAACACAACACACACAACCUGCAUACACUAACACAACACACACAACCUGCAUACACUAACACAACACACACUGCAUACACUAACACAACACACAUACACUACAUACACUAACACAACACACUGCAUACACUAACACAACACACACACGGCAUACACCAACACACACACACGGCAUACACUAACACAACACACACACACUGCAUACACUUGUACAAUACACUCUGCAUUCACUACACUAACACACACUCUGCAUUCACUACACACUAACACACUCUCUGCAUUCACUACACUGACACACACUCUGCAUUCACUACACACUAACACACUCACUGCAUCCACUACACUGACACACACUCUGCAUUCACUACACAUUAACACAAUCUGCAUUCGCUACACUAACACACCCUCUGCAUCUGCUACACACUAACACACACUCUGCAUUCGCUACACAUUAACAUACACUCUGCAUUCGCUACACAUUUACACACAUUCUUGUGCUUUGUCAGGGGCCCCAAAAUUUCUGAUGGCAGCCCUGGCCGCCAGUAGCCUAAUUGCAAGAUGCACCCGCCCCCAGUUCCUCCCUCUUUACUCCCCUCGGACUGACACAGGCUGUCCAUGGUUUAUAGCAUAUAGGCAAUGGCUGUAACAAGUCACUUGGUACUUGGUGAAAAGACUUAGCCUGAGUGCAUUUGAUACAAGCACAUGCAUAAUCUUUGACCUAUGUAUGUAAAAUGAGCCACCAAAUAUCACGGAACUGUCUUGUUUAUACUUAGACGGCCUUCCGUUUUAGUGCCAUGCAGAUAAUCAAGGAUAUUGGUUCUUUCCACGAAAGGAACAAACUUUUUCCCAAGGGGGAAAUCUGGAGGCACCUGUGAUUGAGCUCUUAGAAUAUGCUCCAUGUAUUUGCUAGAGAAAAUUGUUCAACUGAUACUAUUGGUGAGUCGUGCAAGUCAUCAAAAUCAGCAGUUUCAAAAUGCUACCAGGUCUGUAGGAAAUCAUAUAGUUAUAUUGAAGCAAUAUAAGAGACCAGCAAGGUUGCCUGGAGUUCAGUCUCUUGGCUUCACUUAUACAACACAGGUUUUUAUGUACUGUAAAUAUCAUCACAGGUAUUACAGAACCCUCAAGAAGGUGUCGCCAUUCCUUCAAAGCUAGUGUAAUUAUUUUCGGUCUGAGUAACUUUUUAGACAAGAACCCACAGGGAUGAAGGGGAGUAUCGGGAGCAGGGGCGGCUCAAGACUUUGUGAGGCCUUAGGCAAAACUAAAAAAUGAGGCCCCCACUAACACCAUUAGUGAAAAAAUAGGGGUUGCCUUGUGUGUUUAUAAGGACCUGUAGGUAUAUUGAAUGACGAGUUUGCAGCGUUGGCUACAGAACUACGCGGCUCCCUAUGCCGCUGCUUUGUGAGCUAUCGGACUGUAGUUAUUGCAUAAUUUGCAAUUAACAAAUUUAAUUUGCAAUGAUGCUAAUGGGUAUGGUUGUAUAGCCUGGCAGUCGUGUAUACAUAAGUGCCAGGGUGAAGGGGAAACAAAAAAUGAACAUGUUGGUUGGGCUUUGAAAAAAAAAAUCAUUUACUAAAUAAUAAAGUUACAGAUAAGAAAACAAUGUUAUAUAGGGGUUACAUAGUAGCAGGCAGUAGGUUUAUGAAGCAGCCAUAGAGUCUAUGGUGAGGAAGAUAGUCAGCCUCACCCUUGUCAAAUACUCUUUUCUGGUCAUAGUUUUGCGUAAGAAUAGCAGUAGAAAGUGGAGGAGCAGUAGGAGUUUUCAGAUUUAAGACAGGUUUAACUGUAGACCAAUAGGCUUACUGUCAACUGUGUGGAGUGCCGGAGCCCGAAAGUGGAAGAAUCAGAAACACGCGACUCUGCAGGGAGCACGCGGCGCAGCGAACAG